AUGAGCGCCUGGUACACACGACCCUUGGAGUGGAUCUACCUCCGACGAGGCAAGGCCAAGAAACGCAGAUACCACAAACGAGUCCGGGAAAGGGAGCGAGAAUUGAGACGCGCGCAUAAUGGCGAAGCUACUUGUGAUAAGGAGUUGUACUUUGAACCUUACAAUCAGCGGAAACCGCGCUGGACUUGA